CGCUCUCCGCCCCCCAUGACGGCUCCCGCUCCUCGGGAGCAGCGGCGCCUCUCGCCCGUGGCAACCUCCUCCCGCCGCGGGCCGGCGGUGCGGCCGGCGCCGGCCCCUUUAAAUGGCGGCCGCGGCUCAGCCGUGCGCCCCGCGGAGGCAGCUGGCGCGGCCCUCGCCCCCUCCAUGGAAGUUCAUGAAGUGGAUCAUGGUCUUAUUAACCAGCAACUUUCUGAUUCAGAGGAGACUCUUAAUUCAUGCACAGAGAAAAUGCAGGGUCCUGCUCAGUAUAGCUGGAGUGCUGACUGGAGCUUUUGGCUCUCAAGUUCCACUUACAAAUAUAGGAGUGAGGAAUUCAAGAGACAGUUUUCUCAUCUGCCAGAGUCAGAGAGACUCAUAGUAGAUUACGCCUGUGCACUCCAGAAGGAUAUCCUGCUGCAAGGACGCUUGUAUCUCUCUGAAAACUGGCUUUGUUUCCACAGCAACAUUUUCCGAUGGGAGACCACAAUUUCUAUUGCUUUGAAGGAUAUCACUUUUAUGACAAAGGAGAAGACUGCUCGUCUCAUUCCAAAUGCCAUUCAAAUAGCAACAAAAGGAGAGAAGUUUUUCUUCACAUCGUUCAGUGCAAGAGACAGAAGCUACCUCAAUAUUUUCCGCUUGUGGCAGAAUGUGUUGCUGGAUAAGAGGCUGACCAAGCAGGAAUUCUGGCAGCUGGUGCACCAGAGCUAUGGCUCUGAGCUGGGCCUGAACAGCGAGGAGAUGGAGAGCUUCCACUCAUCGUCUGAGGACAACGGGCAGUCUCGAUCCAGCGUUUGUGAUGAUUCUGGAGAAAGGGAUGAAAAACUACCCAAAAUGAUUGGUUUAGUUCGUGAACCCACGCUUCAAACAGAAGUAGAGUCACUCAACAGACACAUGUUGCCAGGAGUGGAGGAGUCCCCAAGUGAGAAGCAAAUAAAGAGUCCUCCUCCAUCUUCAGAAAGAACACCUGCUAAGCUAGUUAGGAGCAGGUCUUUAGAAAAGUCCUUGGACCUUAAUGAGAAUGAAAAUCUUCCAGAGAGGAGCAGUGCUUCAGAUAGUGAAGAAGCAGUGAAGGAGACUGUCUCUGACAAUGAUCUCUAUGGGAGACUUUUUAUAAACAGAGUUUUCCACAUCACUGCAGACAAGAUGUUUGAAAUCCUUUUCACCAAUUCUCACUUCAUGCAGAGGUUUCUUAAUUCCAGGAGUAUAGUAGAUGCUGUAUCAACCCCUUGGAAUAGAGACGCCAAUGGCAAUCAGUUGAGGACUUUGACGUACACUGUAACAAUUAACAAUCCACUCUGUGGGAAGUUCACAACUGCAACUGAAAAGCAGAUCCUGCAUAAGCAGAGCCAGAAAGGUCAGUCUUACCAGGUGGAUGCUGAGGUUCUGACCCAUGAUGUCCCCUACCAUGAUUAUUUCUACACUGUGAACAGAUACUACAUCAGCCGCACAUCCAGUCACAAGUGCCGGUUACGGGUUUCUGCAGAAGUGAAGUACAAAAAACAGCCUUGGGGCCCUGUCAAGUCUGUAAUCGAGAAGAAUACCUGGGGAGGAAUACAGGAAAACUUCAAACAACUUGAAUCGGAUCUCCUAAUGGAGGAAUAUGCAAUGAAUCAAUCCAUAGAAGACUCUGGGAAAUUACUUGCUCUGAGACGAAGGCGACGCACUUUACACCGGGGUUUGGCAGAAUCACUUCCCAAACGCUCUUCCCAGCAUUCCUCUGGUGACAUAGUAGAGUCCCAGGGCGGCUUAAUAGGAAGGAAAAGAGAUGCAGUAAGUAGGACCACCACCAUCAUUGUAGUAAUGAGUGUCUUUUUGUUGCUUUUGGUCCUGCUGAAUAUAACACUGUUCCUCAAACUGUCAAAGAUAGAGCAUGCAGCUCAGUCCCUUUAUCAUGUCCAGCUUCAGGAGGAAAGCUCUUUGAACAUAUCCCCAGAAAUUGUAUCAAAAGAGGAGAUACCUCAAUAUGAUAAAGAACAGGUUAAACAUGUGAAAGGAGUUUUAAGAGACUCAAUUGAAAUGCUUGAGCAGCUGAAGAUUUCCCUUUCCAUGCUCCAAAGAAGCUUUGACCACUUGAACAGGACACAGAGCAGCAAGACCGAGAGUUAAUAGCCACAUCAGCCUUUCAUUCAAGACAUUGGAAGAACUGAUGUGUGUGUGAGGACUUGUGGGGUAGGGAUUGUAACUGUCUCCUCUGGACUCUACUGUUAAGCUCAAAAGCUGCACAGAAUAAAGGUUUGUGGAAGAAGUAA